UGAUUUGAGUAAUUACGUGUGUAUACCAUCGAUUUGAGUGUUUAAAGUGUUUUGUUUUAUUCUGUACAUGACAGCGGCGUUUUCAUGUCGUGUUUAACCUCUCACAUGAAUCUUCGUGUUUGAGUAAUUUAGAUGUUGAGGCUAGUUAUAAGUUUUCUUGUAGAUGUUUGGAGAAGUCAGACAUUUUUUGAGACUGGACAGUAAUUUGUUGUUUCGUAGCUUGUAUUUCGUUAAGGAAACAAAGGCACUUGGGCAUUGUGUUUACCGGCGCACUUGCUGUUUGAAACCAGCAAAAAUCUCUUUUUCGGCACUAUCUAUAAAAGGAGAAAGUUACAUACUAUCUUUUGUCAAACAGCGAACAGUGUUUUAUAGGUCUGCCAUGUCGUGCAACGAAACGAAACUUACUGAAAGAACUACGGGUGGCAAUUUGCAGUCAGGGCAAGAUAUUAAGGAUAAUAGUGACAAUGUGGAAAAUAAUGCGAGAAUCUCGAGUGACAAUUUGUAUUUAGAACAAGAACUUAAGAAUAAUGACAGCGAAGGCAAGAUGAAUGUUGAAGACAGUAAUGUCUUGGAAGGUCCUGUGAUGACUCUGGACAGUGUUACUUCUGUUGAACAUAGUGAUUAUCCCCAAGAAGUGGGUGAGGUAUCAUCGGUAUCAAUUAGUGAUACCGUAAUUGCUGGAAUAACUACAAGCAUCGCCUCCCAGUGUACACCAAAGAUCGAGGAAGAAUCUAUUGUUGUGAUGAAAUAUUGUUGGACUGACGAUGAAGGAACAUCUGGGAAAGAAAAUGAGGAUUCGGACUCUGAGGUUUCACGUUCCAGUGCCUAGCCUGGUCGUUUUCCUGCCGGGGUCCUUACCUGGCCGCCAGAUACGGACUACAGUGAACGUGAGACGAACGAGAAGUGAAGGGAGGACGGACCGGCCAUACAUUUCAUUUGGGUGUUGGUUUCCCAUCCCAGUUUAUUCUCG